GCAGCAGCAGGGAGGCUUUAGAGCCGCCCCGGAGGAAGUGAUGAUGGCGGCUGCGGUGGUCCCUCAGAAGCGGGCGGGAAGCGCCGCCUCAGCCCGUGCGGAUCAUCUUUAUCCAGUGGAUAUUAAAGGUGGAAAACCCGAGGCUCUGGAAGAAGAAGCUCAUUCAUAUUAUACAAAGAUUUUAGAGGAGCCAUCAUCUGCUGUUGAGUUUUUAUCUAUUCCAGGAAGAGGGAAAGUUAAACUUGAGGCUCCAUUGAUGCACUUCCUUCCUCUGUAUAAAGAAGACAGCAAACAUAAGCUUCUGGUUUUAAUUGAUCCACAAGAUAAGAACACAGUAUUAGCAAUUUAUUUGCAUAGUUCCUGGUGGCUUAUUGAAGAUGUAAUGAAAACGGCUGAUCAUUCCCGGGAGGGGCUGAAACAGGUCCAGACAUUUGAAGAAAGAAUUGUCCUCUUUGUGCUUAACGUCAUUAUUUUUGGAAUGCUAGAGAGGAGUUUGACUCACGAUGUGCUCUUUGUGCCUCAUUCUGAGAAAGAGUGUGCCAAAAUAUUUUGGAGGAGUGGAGAUGCAGCUGCCUUUUACACCGUAAAAGUGAAAGGAAGCCUGUGUGAUGGGUACUCCAGCCAAUGCUACAUGCUCCCAGUUUUGGACACAAUGUUUGUCCGAAAAAAGUUUAGAAGAUGUGGAGUUGGUAUGAAAAUGCUGCAUGAUUUUUGUCAGACAUUUGCAGCUGAAGUUGCCCUGGGACUCAGCUGUCCUGUUUCUGCUGUCAUGUACGAAGUUUGUCAGAGAUUCUUGGAGACCCAUCCAGAGGAACAGUCUCGACUGUGGGAAGUAGAAGCCCCAGGAGACUGGAGCCAGCGUGUUAGUAUCUGGCUGAAGAUUCAGAUGGAACAAAAGCUUCAGAAAAAGUCGGAUGUGAGCUGUUACAUGAAGAGGCUUCAAAAUGAUGAACCUGGGCAAUCAGAUGAAGGGCGGAUGAAUCAGAAAGUUGCUCACAGUCCUAACAAGGCUUUGCCAUAUGAGGCAGAGGAAUUUAAAGAUGACCCAGAAGAGGCAUUCAACCCCGAGCCUUACAGUGAAGAAUAUGCUGAAGAACAUCAAGCUCAUAAACAGCAGCGGAAAGGCUCAAAGAAAAGAGCAAGCCAAGGAGAACCUUCUGAAGACAGAAUCUCUAAGCAGUUCAGAGCAACAUCCUAACUUUUGCACAUAG